UGAUACCAUGUCGGCCACCGUAGAAGACGAUAAACAUCCAGGAUUACGUUGGGAGUGCCCGGUGGUUUUCUACAUCAUUUGUAAACUAGAAAGGUUGAUAAUCAUCAAUUCCGACGACUUUGAUAGAGGCAUCCUAGCCCAAUAGAGGAAGAUGAGGCUGAAAGAGAUCCAGAGGACCGCUCAUCCAGCAUGGAGCCCUGCCCCCCACCACCCUAUCUGCCUGGCUUUAGGCACGUCAGCUCAGCAGCUGGAUGCGUCAUUCAACACCACUGCCGCCUUGGAAAUAUUCCAGGUGGAUUUUGCCGAUCCUUCCCUGGGCAUGAAGCUCAAGGGGUCCUUACCUACUUCUAACAGGCUCCAUAGUCUGGUUUGGGUAAACUUUGGAGCAGGAGAAGACGGUUUGGGAGGGAGACUGAUUGGAGGCAGUGAUAAUGGCACGGUAACGGUGUAUAGCCCAGAAGCCAUUGUAACAUCAGGGGCAGAGGCAAUAAUAGGACAGUCGGACAAACACACUGGGCCUGUCAGAGCAUUAGACUUCAACCCCUUUCAGAGUAAUCUGUUGGCGUCAGGGGCAAACGAUUCAGAGAUCUACAUCUGGGAUCUGAACAAUUUCAGCAAUCCAAUGACACCCGGGACAAAGUCACAGCCUCCUGAAGAUAUCAGUGUGGUGUCGUGGAACAGACAGGUGCAACACAUCCUGGCCUCUGCAAACCCCAGUGGGAAAGCAGUGGUCUGGGACCUGAGGAAGAACGAGCCCAUCAUCAAGAUUAGUGACCACAGCAACCGGAUGCACUGUUCAGGGAUGCUCUGGCACCCUGAGGUGGCCACCCAGUUGGUCCUGGCCUCAGAAGAUGACCGCAUGCCAGUCAUUCAGAUGUGGGACCUGCGCUUUGCCACGUCCCCUCUCAAAGUCCUGGAGAACCACACAAGGGGACUUCUGUCCAUAGCGUGGAGCCAAGCAGACCCAGAGCUGUUGCUCAGUAGUGCGAAAGACAACAGGAUCCUCUGCUGGAACCCAACCACUGGAGAGGUGAUCUAUGAAUUACCAACGACCAAUCAGUGGUGCUUUGACAUCCAGUGGUGUCCCAGGAACCCGGCGCUGCUGUCGGCCGCCUCGUUUGACGGCUGGAUCAGUGUUUACAGCGUGAUGGGAGGAAGCCUGGAGGCCCAGCAGCAGAGCAGGGCUGAUCAGAUCUCCUCGUCCUUUGACACCAUGGAUCCGUUUGGGACAGGCCAGGUGCUGCCCCCUCUGCAAGUUCCCCAACCCAGCCCUCAGACCACCCUCGUCGCUCCGCUGAAGAAGCCCCCCAAGUGGGUUCGUAGGCCCGUAGGAGCCUCAUUCGCUUUUGGUGGGAAGCUGAUCACCUUUGAGAGUCCUAAGGCUCCAGUCCAGAGCCCACAGCCCGUCCCUGUCCCCAGGCAGGUGUUUGUGAGCCAGGUCACCACGGAAACAGAGCUCCUCCAACGUUCCAGAGAGCUGCAGGCUGCUCUGCAAUCUGGAUCUUUGUCAGACUACUGCCAGGCCAAGAUCCACAAGGCCCCCACAGACUCUGAACAGGACAUAUGGAGGUUUCUCCUGGUCAACUUUGAAGAUGAAGCCCGAGUCAAAUUCCUGAGACUUUUGGGUUUCAGCAAAGAGGAUUUAGAGAGAAAGAUAUCCACCUGCUUAGGGAAGAACCUGCAGCCUAACGGACAUGGAGUGGAUGCCAACGAUCUGGCUGAGAAGAUACAGCUUCUCUCUACUCAGAGGUCAGAAGAAUCCGGGGAUGAGGUUGACUCCACCAAGACUCCGGGUUCAUCCUCGCCCUCUGACUUUUUCAGUCAGAUCCCACCACAACCACAAGACAAGGAGAAGAUCAGCUUCCCGAUCCCUGUCUCAGCAGAUGCAGAUGGUCUGAUCAGCAUGGCUCUGCUGGUGGGAAACUUUGAGGGAGCGGUGGACCUGUGUCUGAAUGAGGGGCGCUACGCUGAGGCCAUCCUGCUGGCGAUCAGUGGAGGACAGGAGCUACUGCAGAGGACCCAGCAGACAUACCUGGACGAGCAGAGGAACAGCAUCUCUGUGCUGAUCUCAUCCGUGGUGACCCAGAACUGGGGAGACAUCGUGCAGAGCUGUGCCUUGGAUAACUGGAAGGAGGCUCUCGCUGCUCUCCUAACCUACGCUCACCCCAAAGAGUUUGCUCAUCUGUGUGAGACCCUGGGGUCGCGUCUGGAGGGGGAGAGGACAGAGAAACGCUGUCUGCAGGCAUGUCUCUGUUACAUUUGCUCUGGGAACAUUGAGAAACUAGUGGAAUGCUGGGCCCUGCAGAGGGACUGCUCAUCUCCCCUGGUUUUAGAGGACUUGGUAGAGAAGAUGAUGGUUCUGCGUAAGUCUGUGGAGCGUCUGAGGAACAACGAGGUGGCUGUACAGAGUCCUGUCCUGGCUGACAAGCUGACUCACUACGCUGGUCUCCUCGCUUCACAAGGCAGCCUGGCUACAGCCCUGUCCUACCUGCCAGACACCUCAGACCAGGCUUGCAUCAUGAUGAUGAGAGACCGGCUGUUCCACGCCCAGGGAGAGGGAGGAUCUGCAGGGGGGCAACAGCCCCCACCGUUCCCUUACAACAGAGUCAGGGUGACUGGGGGCCAACCUGCCCCCGCUCUGGCCCCUGCUGUCCCCGUCCAAGCACAACCACCAGCACAGACACCGGGGCCCUACCAGCCUCCUCUUCCUGUGAUGUCAGUGGGUGGCCAGCCUCCUCUUCCUGUGAUGUCAGUGGGUGGCCAGCCUCCUAUGACGACAGUCUUCACUCCUCAAGCUGCUGCUCUCUCCAGAGGGCCGCCUCCUCCUUCGUAUGGCGGUCUGCCUCCCUCCUCCCCUGCUCCUCCACCGAGUGGGCUGCCACGUACAGGACUACGGCCAGCCUACCCUCAACAUCCUGCCACUGCCCCAGGGUUCUCUCCACUCCAGCCAUUCCAGCCACAACAGCAGCCCAUGUCUGCAGGACUAGGUGGCCCCGGCCUCUCUGCCUUCCCUCCAGGACCUGCUAUGCCAGGCUCCAACCUAUCUGGACCCCCCCUGCCUCCGUUCUCUGCCCCUGGCGGCCUCCCCACCAUGCCCAGCCCAGGGCCACCUCCGUCAGGCUUCACCCCCACCUCGCUACCUGCAGGCCCCAUGCCACCCAGCUACCAGCAGCCUGGGGCCCCCGUCGGCAUGUACCCACCAGGGGGGUCUCACCUUCACAGCCAGGGCCCACCUGCAGGUCCCCCCUCUGGUCCGUACCCACCCCUGGGACCUGGAUACCCACAAGGAGGGUCUCACCUUCACAGCCAGGGCCCACCUGCAGGUCCCCCCUCUGGUCCGUACCCACCCCUGGGACCUGGGUACCCACAAGGAGGUCCUGGAGCCCCGGCCGUCAAGUCCUUCUCUGCUCCGUCGGUUGCUGCUCCUCCUACAGGACAAGAUGGAUGGAAUGACCCACCAGCAGUACGGGGGGGUUCUAGGAAGAAAAAGGUUGUCCCAGACAACUACACCCCUCCGGCUCCCAUCACCGCCCCUGUUAUGGGGGGUUUCCCCAUGGAGGGCCAUCAUCAGCCCCAAGGACAGCAGGGCCACGACCCCAGCCGCACGCAGCAGUUCCCCCCAGGGGCCCCUCAGGAGCCCAGCGUACAGCUCCUCCAGGCGCUGCCGGCUGAGAGGGUGGAGCAGAGAGAGAUCCCUGCAGAGCACAUGGUCCUCAAGCAGACCUUCGACAGCCUGGUACAGCGCUGCCAGCUCGCCGCACAAGACCCACAAACAAAAAGGAAACUUGACGAUGCAUCGAAACGCCUUGGGUACCUGUAUGACAAGCUGAGAGAGCAAACGCUGUCUAACAACAUCCUGGGGGGUUUACAUGAGAUCAGCCGCUGUGUGGCGGGCCAGAACUACCAGCGAGGCCUAGAGGUCCACACUGCUGUGGUCACCAGCAGCAACUUCAGCGAGAUCCAAGCCUUCAUGCCCAUCCUCAAAGUGGUCAUGACCAUCGCCAACAAGCUGGGCGUCUGACCACUGAUCCCACACCAAGGCAGGCUUCUAGAAUAAACCUUAUUUCCUAUAAUGCUCUACUUCUGACCAGACCCUAUGGGCUCUUUACGGGCCCCGUGGGCCCUAUGAUUUAUGAGGGCCCCCGAGGGCUCUUGUCAAAAGUAGUGCCCUAUAUAGGGAGUAGAGUGCCAUUUGAAACACUCAAAAACACACCAAGAUAAAAACAGCCUUCAGUGUUAUCAUAUGGAUGGAUCACAAUGUUUAUAGAUUAGAUAUUUAUUUCUUUUUCAGCUGUUGAAAUGUGCUUUGAUAAAACAAAAAACAUGAUUGCAGAUGUGUGGUUUUCGCUUGACUAAAGCCGACUCAUUGAAAGGUUUCUGACUUGGCUGAUGACGAGAGGUGUUCUUCUCUCUGAGAAGACGAGUCACUGUGGUGGUUAUCAACAGCAAAACACCCAAUAGUAUUAAAGAAGUUGAGUCCUUUUAGCUUUUCGAUGGGAAGAUACCUGAUGUUAAAGAGGUGGGGGUUACUGAUGUGGGAGGAUUGUAGAUAGCUGAGGAUUUUAAUGUCGUAAUGUUUGAGAGUGGAGAAAGAUACGCAAAUGUCUCUGAACAAUGUGGGCUUGGAUUCUCUGGCUGUCAGUAGUUCUUAACAUGGUAACACAUCCAACGAAGGGAAGACUUGGAGAGCGAGGUUGUUUUGUCCACCUUCCUACCUCAUCUCUCCUUAACAAACCACACAACGUCCAGCUGAUUUUUACAAUAGUUAGGAAGAGUGAAUGAGAUAUAUAUACACUUUUGUAAUGCAUACUGUACCAUGGCGCUGAAAUUGUUACAUUUUUCACUGACAGACCAGUGUGCUCUACAGACCAGUGUGCUCUACAGACCAGUGGGCUCUACAGACCAGUGGGCUCUACAGACCAGUGUGCUCUACAGACCAGUGUGCUCUACAGACCAGUGUGCCAUCUCUUACUUUGUUCCGUUUUCAGGCCAAAGCACUGCAACAACUAGCUCUGAUCCAGGGUGUUACGUGCAGCUUGUUGACUCAGAGCUGUGUCAGAGCCUGCACAUUACGCCCUGGUCCAGAGCUAUGCAACAACAGAAUGUAAUUUGAUGAUUCUUGUGGAGUGGCUGGAUUUUUUGAAUAGUCAGUCUGCGUUAGUCACUAUAGAGCGGCCCGCUGCUGUCAGCUAGCUUGUGUGAUUGAGAUACUGUAUGAGAACUGUGUGUGUCCUGGUUGUUGGCUUCGCCCCCUGUUUAUAGUGUGCUGGCUUCUGUUGUGUAUAAACUGUAAUGAGCAACACCACUGUAAACAGCUUUGGCGUGGUUACACUUGACAUUUCAUGCUGAUUGAAGAACGUGGCAGUUAUCGACUGAAAUAUGAAUUAUGGCAAAGAAACCCAUGAAUAAAUAUCUUGAAAUAUU